AUGCCGUCCGCCGUCAGUGAUGGAAGCACCCGCCCGGGUUCCGAGCAGUCACUUCCAUCCAACUCUUCGAACCUACCUCACGGCGGGAACAUGGUUGCGGAAACCAAGGAUAUCGUUCAAUACUUCUUAGUCCGUCUGCAAUACCGCCCUCCCGGCACGGUGCCAAAUGCCAGACUUAGGGCGGACGUGACCGCUGAGAUCAUCUCAUGGAAGGCCGGGCUCAGCGCGAAGUUCAUCGCCGGCCUAACGGACACCGCUUGCACCAUAGUGGAAUCCGCGCUCGCCCACACCGGCUACGCCCACCAGCGGCUCCUCGCCUUUUACUCCGCCUACAUCAUAUACGUCGACGACUUCGCGAGCCGCGACCUCGAGGCGCUCGGGCGGUUUGGCCAGCGCAUCGCCGCGCGCGAGAACCAGGGAGACCCGGUCCUCGAACGUCUGGCGCGUCAGUUCGGCGACAUGUACGCGAUGUACCCGCACGCCGCCGCCGACCUCAUUAACACAGCGACUCUGGCUGGCGUGGCUGGCACUUAUAUCGAGUUUUGCACGGAGCAUAUAGCCGUCGCACCUGGGGCUCUCGGGUACCCCCAGUUCCUCCGGGGAAUGACGGGGUACUCUACGGCGUAUGCAUUCUUCAACUUCGUGAAGGACUGGAGAGACCCUGCAGACAGCUUCUACCUUCAGAUUAUACCAGAGCAUGUGCUAUGCACCGACCGCUUCAAUCUCUCGUUCUACAAGGAGACGUUGGACGGAGAAACGAACACAUACAUUCAUCAUCGCACCAAAGCGGAGAAUGUGGACGCGUUGGUGGUGCUACGCAACCUGUGCGAAGAGACUCUGGACGCCAUACGCAGGAUCGAGGACCUCACCGCCUCUGACCGCGAGCUAACAGAUAUUUGCCACGGCUAUCUCAUGGGAAAUGUUGAAUUCUAUUUCAGGGCGUCGAGGUAUCGCCUGGCCGAGCUGCAGAUAGAGUUCUGA